AAUAGAAGCGCUAGUGAAGCGGAAGUGGUACUGCCCUGAACGAUACGCUGAGCGAGACGGAGGCUGAAUCGUCCAGAGAGACAAAAAAGCAGGAUUAAAAUCGCCAAUAUUUCUAGAAAAUGGAUAAGAACGACCUGGUACAGAAGGCCAAGCUUGCCGAGCAGGCUGAGCGCUACGAUGACAUGGCCGCAGCCAUGAAGUCGGUGACAGAGCAAGGUGCGGAGCUUUCCAAUGAGGAGCGCAACCUUCUCUCCGUUGCCUACAAGAAUGUGGUAGGAGCACGCCGCUCAUCCUGGCGCGUCAUCUCCAGCAUCGAGCAGAAGACCGAAGGCAAUGACAAAAAACAGCAGAUGGCACGUGAAUACCGGGAGAAGAUUGAAAAUGAGCUGCAGGAAAUCUGCAAUGAUGUGCUUGGCCUACUGGACAACUUUCUCAUUAAAAACGCAUCUGCUGCUGAAAGCAAGGUGUUCUACCUGAAAAUGAAAGGAGACUAUUAUAGAUACCUGUCUGAGGUUGCAUCUGGAGAUACUAAGAAGUCUACGGUGGAGCAUUCCCAGGAGGCAUACCAGCAAGCUUUUGACAUUAGCAAGGGAGAGAUGCAGCCAACACACCCCAUCAGGCUUGGCUUGGCCCUCAACUUCUCAGUCUUCUACUAUGAAAUCCUCAACAACCCAGACAGGGCCUGCAGCCUGGCUAAGACGGCAUUUGAUGAAGCCAUUGCUGAACUCGACACCUUGAACGAGGAUUCUUACAAAGACAGCACCCUGAUCAUGCAACUACUAAGGGACAACCUGACUCUGUGGACAUCAGAAAACCAGGGAGAUGAGGGAGAGACCGGAGACGGGGAAAACUAAUGGAAUUGCACUGUUAAUCCACCUACACUCUUAUCUUAAACACAGACAGCUUAUAUACAUCCCCCUCCACUCCAUCAGCCCCUCCCACUUCUGUAUGACAAGCAGCCUGAAUUGCUCCUGAUCAACUAGUUUACCCCUAUCAGUUCAUUGUGAGGUGACAGGGUAUUUUCAGUUGUUAGCAGAUUCAGUCACUUUGUGGAAACAUGUUGUAUUGAGUAGUGAGUCCAUGUUGCUGUUUUUUUUUUUUUCUUUUUUUUUUUUUUUCUUUCUUUUUUUUGUGUUGGCUUUGUGUGUAUGUCUCGUUUGUUUGUUGAGCGCGAGUGGAUGUUCGAGAUUGUGUGCGUACGAUCUGGGGGGUGGGGGUGGGGGGGUGUUGUGAAUUUUAAUCGUCCUUCCAAAUUCCCUUGUCCCCGCUAGUUUGUUGUGCAUUUUUAAUCCCUUUUUUUGUUACUUUUCUUAUUUGUGAUUCCUCAUGCUAUUUACAGGUUUUAUUGUAUGGUAAUUAAACUGGCAAUUGAUUUUCACCAAACACUGUGAUAGUAGGUGUUCCAUUUGCUUCACAAAACUGUUCGAAUUUCCAGACACAGUACAAUCUUGUAUUCAAGUAACUGCAAUUCUGCUGUGGGCUCAUACAGAAAGGAGGCAGGCUGUAUUGUGACACUGACAUCUUGGUGUAAUCCUCCUUGAUCAUGUUCACAAAUUUCACAGUUAUAAAGUUUUAAGGGACCCCUUAAAGUGUCAUGUUAGAUUUGUUCAGACAUAAGACAUUCCACAUUAUUAGGCUUUGGAAAGGCAGUGCCCCUUUUUUUUUGUUUUUAUUUGAACUAAGUAUGGAUUGUCUUUGUAGUUUUACUCACUGUUCAGGUGCUGCUUGAACUCAGUACAAUUGAAAUUGUAUGUGCGUAAAUGUGGUUCCAUGUAUUUUGCAAGUUUGACUAUCAUCUGUAUGUAAAACUAAAGUAACCUUUUAUUGAUGUUAAUUGAAAAUGUCUUACCACACUGUAUCAACCCUGCUUGCAAAAUAUUCCUCUUAAAAGCGGUUGUUUUCUCCAACGUUUUUGUGCCUGGCUUUCUCUUGCAGCCUCUUUUAUUUCCAUUCAAGUGGCAGCAUCUGUUUUUAGAAAUGUCAAAAGAACGAGUUAGGCCAGACAAACAGAAAAUUUGGUGAAUCUUGUCUGCAGUUUAAAACGAUGCACAUCACUCUGCUGUUGGCUAGUGUGAAUGAUCAUUUUAAAAAUCAGGGUUAAUCUUGAAGGUGCAAUUUGGAGAAGCCUAUACCAUCACUUUGGAAAGAAGCUCAGUGUCACAAUACCAUUUAUCACCACUACAUUCCACAUAUUGUAGUUGAAAACACCAUUCCACAUUAUAGCUGACAGUCUGUUUACUCUGACAAUGCUCCAAUGAAUUGAAAUAAUCUUAUGUUGAAAAAAAAAAAAUCUUCAUGUCAGUUUAUUAUUAUGCUUGAUGAAAAUGCAGUUAGUGAAUGUGGAACGAAGCCUGUCUGUAUAUCAGGUAUCUACUUGCUUUGUUUUUACUGACAAGUCUUAUGGCUAAAAUUUGCUUCUGUAACAGUCUAUUACCCAGUGCACAAAAGUGGUUGUGAAAAUUUAGAAUAGCUCUAAAAAGCAAUGACGAAAUGGAGAUAAAACAAUGGUUGGUGUAAUUCUAGCUUUGUGUUUAUGUAUCUUAAAACCAUUCUAGUUUCACUAUACAUGUAAGAAAUAGGAAAGUGUCAAAGACCAUUCAGUGAAAUAAAGUUUCGUUUAAGAUAACA